GGGGCCGGUUGGGAGUGGUUAGCCCUUCUUACUGCCUGUAUAUAGAGAAGACAGAGUCUGACAGAGCAGAUCCAGCGAGAGAGUGAGGACAGAGAGAAGAGAGACAUACCUUUUACCUCUGUACCUGUGGAUGACUUCCUGAGCAACACACCAGCAAACGACUUCAGUUUUCUAUCGGAUUACCACAGCAGCAUUUCUCUCUCAACUCAAGAUUUAUCAUGAAGCUCUUCCUGUUGACUGUGGCGGCGAUGCUCCUGGUGUUGGGAGAGAGCACUGGUGAACGAAUCCUCUCAAGAAGGACCAAGAGGGAGCUCGCCAGUCCGCUCCAUGUUGGAGGCAUCAGGGACCCGUUUGGCUCCUACUGCGAGAGGCGAGGAGGCUGCUGCCCCGGCAGAGACGACGUGUGCACGGUCCCCUACCUGGACACCAUCUGCUACUGCGACCUGUUCUGCAACCGGACCGUCGCUGAUUGCUGCCCUGACUUCUGGGGACAUUGUCUUGGCGUGGAGCCACCUUUCAUAGGCACCUGCGAAAGAAAUGGAAACAAGUUCUUUACAGGGCAAACAUACAAAGAGAACUGCAAUUUAUGUACAUGUGGGACCACAGGACGCUGGGAGUGUGAGCAAAACGCCUGUCUGAUGGAGCCGGACGUGAUCCACAGCAUUAACAGCGGCAACUACGGAUGGAAGGCAGCCAACUACAGCCAGCUCUACGGCAUGAGUCUAGACGAGGGUGUCCGCUACCGCCUGGGCACACAGAGACCCUCCAAGACGAUUAUGAACAUGAAUGAGAUGCAGAUGAACAUGGGUCCUGAGAGUGACCGUCUGCCAGCCUACUUCAACUCUUCAGAGAAGUGGCCGGGAAAGAUUCAUGAACCGUUGGACCAGGGCAACUGUGGUGCAUCCUGGGCUUUCUCAACUGCAGCUGUGGCAUCAGACAGAAUCUCCAUCCAGUCAAUGGGUCACAUGACUCCUCAGCUGUCCCCACAAAAUCUCAUUUCCUGUGACACGCGCAACCAGGGAGGGUGUGAUGGGGGACGCAUGGAUGGAGCCUGGUGGUUCCUCCGGCGUAGAGGAGUGGUGACAGAAGACUGUUAUCCAUACCGACCCACGGAGCAAACACCAGUGGAGGUGGGCCGCUGUAUGAUGCAGAGUCGCUCCGUCGGCCGGGGGAAGAGGCAGGCCACCCAGCGCUGCCCCAACACACACAACUACCAAAACGACAUCUACCAGUCCACUCCGCCCUACAGGCUCUCCUCCAAUGAAAAGGACAUCAUGAAAGAGAUUAUGGAUAAUGGCCCUGUGCAAGCUAUGAUGGAGGUCCAUGAAGACUUCUUUGUCUAUAAGAAUGGGAUCUAUAAACACACGGAUGUCAGCUUCACCAAACCUCCACAGUUCCGCAAACACGGCACACACUCAAUUAGGAUCACUGGGUGGGGAGAGGAGACAAACUUUGAUGGGACACCAACAAAAUAUUGGAUUGCUGCCAACUCCUGGGGAAAGAACUGGGGAGAGAACGGCUAUUUCCGUAUAGCUCGCGGGGACAAUGAGUGUGAGAUUGAAACAUUUGUGAUUGGUGUGUGGGGCAGAAUCACGAUGGAGGACAUGCACAGCCAUCGUCACCACCAUCGUCGUCGGCACAUUUAGAGAUACGACAGAUGUUAAAACCCCACAGAGACCUUUGUUUUUACUCCCACCUCUAGAUGUGUUUUACCCCAGAGAAGAAGUGUCAGAACUUCAGCACAUCCCCUUAUGCAUCAAGCUGGCUGGGACAGCCUCACAAUCAACACCAGAUCCCCGUAACCCUCUCAUGUUAUACCACUUCACUCUGGGGAUCGUUACAACCCCUCUUCAAUUUGAUCUUUACCCUUUUGAAGAGAACAACCUUCCCCACUCUCCCUGUAACUCAGGGUUUAUGGCACCAAAGCAUCAAAGAUAAACUCAACUAAGCGAAAGCUCUUUUGCGUCGCCUUACUGAUCCAAAGACCACACUACCCAGAAUCCUCAAGGUCAUAUCUGGUGAAACAUGUCAAAGUUGUGUCAAAGCUGAAGCUCAGUCUGAUCUUUGUAUUCUUCUUCGCCCAUCUUUGUAAACCUGAAACGUCUCUUCUAAAUUAAUAAUCUAGACGGACCCAAAUUCAGAGGGACAGUUUGGAAAAGAGGAUAUUUUAGAGACUCACCCAGCCGAACUGUGUCGCAUGAUAAUAUAUCAUAGAUGGCCUCCCUGCCACUGACUUACUGUCAGUUACACAGAGUUCACAGUACGGCUCAUACCCUCAGUUUUAGAGAGGACACUUAUACAGAGUUAGCAGCUGCAGAGUUUCGCACAUAUUCCACUAAAAAUGUCAAAUCUGACACUAGAAAUGGUAGAACAUUUAAUGUGGAGUCUAAAGAUGACAAACACUCUGAUUUGGGAUUUAAUGAGGUUUCACAGUACCACUGGCCAUGACCAACACCGUUGGACAUUUUAAAUCAAUUCAAUAAUUAAUUUAAUUCAAUCUCAGCCCUUAAGUAUAGAUACAAUUAAACAUGUAUGAUUUGGCUCCAGGUGAAAUAAAUAAUUUGAGUCACACUUGACGUCACCACUGAGAAUGAACAUAAGAGCCAUGCUGCCAUUCUUGACACCACCCUCCCAUUUAUAAGAUGAAUCCCUGAUGCGUUAAGGGGUUAAAACGAUUGUAAUGCCUUAAAAAAAUAGUUUAGACCACCGUGAAAGAAAGCGUUAGUGUAUAGUAGUCUUAAUGUGCUCCGUUCUGUGUACACUGUUACAGUUUAAGCUAAAGAACGUUAUUUUUUUGUUGCAGUUAUAUUGUGAAGUUUUAUUUUACUACUUGGUCAACGAUGUACUUUAUGGAUUAACUUUCAUGACACACUCAUCACACAGUCGCUUCUCCACUUGAGCCUCUACAUUGUUGUAACUGUUUGACCACAGCGAGGAGGAUGGGGGGAGGGGUGUGUGUGCGUGUGUGUGUGUGUGUGGGGAGGGGGGGGGGGGGGGGUACCGCUGCUAGUCCAGUUUGUGCUUCGCUAUUUGAAUGCAGAGCCUGUAGUUUGAUGCUUUCAUGUGUAAUAAACAUGUAAAGCCACUUGUAACUAAUGCAGAAACACUUCAAGUUGCACCGGUUCAGAUGAGCUGUUAGACUUCAUGCACUCGUAGUUAUUUUGAGUGUUUUUUUGUAAGAAAGCGUAACAGCUUCCAACUUAUUAGCCGUGGGCCUUUCUUUGCUACGUUGCUUUGUGAUGUCUAUAUUUCAGACAAAUUGAGGAAUUUUCAGAUCUUUCUGGAGUACAUCCUCACUUGAAAAGAAAAGAAUGGUGUAUUAUUACCACUAGCCUUAAAUUACAUCCUGGUGUGCUUUAGCUGUAAUUUCAAAAGGCUUUUCCAUUUCUAUAUCAUCACGUCUUGUGAUCUUUAUGGUCCCUCUAUCAUCUUCUUCAGGCAUAAGCAGAAAGGCAUAAAAGCAAAGAGAAACGUCUGGAUGGACAGGUAGUGUGCAAUGUGGCGGCUAGAUAAGCAUGUUUUUCAUGCAAUGAAUCUCUGUUUUCAUUCUGAAGUGGAAGAUGAAGAGCAGCCCAUGAACACGAGAUGCACAACAGGUUUACGAUAAAGACGAGAAGGACAAAGUAUAACUGAGCUCUUUGGCGUGUGGAGUGAUUAUGUCAAUCUUCUGUCGACAGAAAGAAGGAGAUUCUUUUUUCUAUAUUUUUCUACAUCUGUGGGCAUGUUGCUAUCGCUCCUUUUACCUGAGAGAAAAUAUGGACAAAGCUUGCUUUGCUAGAUUGGUUUAGAUCACUGUUUUGCAGUCUCCACCAGAAGUUGGGUACAUCUUUCAUUUUUAACUAUUGAAGAUAUGUCCAUCUUCAAGAGCAGCAGCAACAUUGGAUAUGUGAGUUUUGCACUUGGUGUGUAUAAGUAGGCUAAGAAAAGUUAUUUAUUUCAUGCAAAAGGAAGUAUUGGAAUCUGACCAAUGCUGGAAUCAUCAGUUUCUUUUAAGUUGUCAGUGUCCAUUUAUGUUGCUUACAGUAUGUUGCAUUAAUGGUCAUUCAGGUUUAUUGUUAGCUUGGACCUAAAUGAUGAUACUGAAAAUAUAGAAGCUUUCUCAAGUAAAUGAGCAUUAACAUGCGCUACAGUAAUUAUUAUUAGAUAUAUUUCAGAUGUGACCAAUAAUAACUAUAUCAGUAAAGAUUCUCUGCAAAACUGAAAUAUAUUCCAUAUAAACGUAUCUUACUUCCAGUAACAGUAAAAGCAAAAGCAACGCCAGGAGCUGCAGCAGACAUCCACUCAGAAGCUGUGUAUCUUAUGUAAAAUGAACCACUCCAUAUUCCCUGAUAUGUAGACUUUAUUUAUGACAAGAUGUGUAAAUUAUAUAAUGUACUUUUAUUCCUUGUUUUCCUGUGCAAUGUGUUAUUAUCUCUCUGUCUCUUGUUUUGUGUGCACUAAAUGCAAUACCACAUUAGUAUUCACUUGUGCGGCACAAUAAAGUCUUUCCAAAAUCA